UACUAGUAAAGUCUAUCCGUUGUACCAGUAGCACUAUUUGCUUGUUAACGAGCUAGUCAAAGCUAGCUGGACCUUCCUAUGGUCUGGUUGUAUGUCCCGAUUGUUCUCUAUUUAGCUACCUGCGUAGCUGACUUUGCGUCAUUACACUAAAUCGUAUUGAAACUUAAAGGUGGUCAGUAACACAGUGGUCAGAGUAUGUCGGGCGACCUUGUUGGCGUGUGGGAAGUGGCGUUAAGUGAUGGAGUUCAUCGGAUUGAGUUUGAACAUGGCACAACCACAGGAAAACGAGUGAUCUGCAUUGAUGGAAAGGAAGUUGUGAGGAGAGACUGGAUGUUUAAACUGGUGGGCAAGGAGACUUUCCAGGUGGGUAGCUCGGAAACCAAAGCCACCAUCAACAUUGAUGCGGUCAGCGGCUUUGCGUACGAAUACACCCUAGAGAUAAACGGAAAGAGCCUGAAGACAUACAUGGAGAACCGCUCCAAGACCACCAGCACCUGGGUGCUCAACCUGGAUGGCAUCGACAGCAGGGUGGUCCUGGAGAAAGACACCAUGGAUAUCUGGUGUAAUGGACAAAAGAUGGAGACAGCGGGGGAGUUUGUGGAGGACGGGACAGAGACCCACUUCACGCUGGGGGACCAUGACUGCUGCAUCAAGGCUGUGAGCAGCGGGAAGCGGAGGGACGGCAUCAUCCACACCAUGCUGGUGGACGGCACAGAGAUCGCAGAGUGCACAGAGUGACUGUUGCUGGUGGACGGCACAGAGAUCGCAGAGUGCACAGAGUGACUGUUGCUGGUGGACGGCACAGAGAUCGCAGAGUGACUGUGUGUGAGGAAACUCUGGGGCACAUGCUGUUAUCACAAUGUUUGACACGUACUUGCAUCAACAAUAGCAAUUCAGGGUCCAAAUUACAGAUUGAAAGUGAGUUUGUCAAUAUUUCACUGUCAAGCUGGAUUUCCGAUUGAAUGCAGUGGAAAUGUUGCUGCUCAUACUUCUCCAGCAGGAUGAGACUUGAGCUGAGACUGGCCAGCUGCAGGGGCCAGCCGAAAUUGUGUUGAAAGGAAAGUAAAAUGUCUUCAUUUUACUCAUUUGACACCCCUGUGCAAUUCCCAGGAGUUCACAGUUGUACAAAGGGACUACAAAAUAAUUUGAAGGCUACUAGAUCUUUCUGAAGAAAAACUAAUGAAAAGAUGCCUAAAUUCCAGUCCAUGCCACUGGCUUAUACAGUAAUGCAAUAAUGUGCCAGUAAGGAGCUUUUUCUUGUAGUCUGCAACAUGUAGAUAACUAAAGUGUUGUGUUGUUAUUAGUAACAGCAUCAUGUCCGUAAUAACUAUAAAUCAGUCCAUAAGCAUUUCAUCUGGUUUGUCGAUCAUGAGUUCUGUGCAGGAAUUUACAAUAUGUUUGUAUAGAGGGAAAGUAGGAUUUGGCUUUGAAACAGAUUUUUGUAUGUUCAGCAGCACUGUUACCCUCUGAAAUAGAAUUUGAUUACAUUUCAUAAAUAACAUGAAGUAUUCAGGUAUAGUAAUAUUAAAUUAUGCUUACAGUGUAUAUUUUAGUUAACUGUUUCAGUGAUGUAAUAUUUAUCAUGUAUAUUUUAUUUCAGCAUGUCAAAACUUAUUUUAUUAAAUAAUUGUA